AUGUGGAGUGAUAGGCCAAUCGUUAAAGUUUGCGGCCUGCAAUCCGUGGAGGCUGCCCAGAAAGCUAUCCAGUGUGGAGCAAGUUUGAUCGGGAUUAUCUGUGUACCGAAUAGAAAGAGAACUAUUGAGCCCGGCGUCGCUAGACAGAUAUCCGCUCUGGUACAUGACAAAUCCUUCAACAAGAGCGGGACCAAGCUGGUCGGCGUAUUCCGUAACCAACUCGUGGAAGAAGUAACUAAAAUUGCCAACGAUUACAAUCUAGACGUCCUACAACUCCACGGAGACGAAUCAUGGGCCGAAUUCCAGUCUUCAGUGGAAAAACCUAUCAUUAAAAGGAUGCUGUUUCCGCAGGAUUGUGGUGAAGUAGCUGAAAUAACGCGUUCUGGCAAUACGAAUGUGCUGCCGCUUUUUGACUCGGAAGCUGGGGGCACGGGGGAAUUACUGGACUGGCAAGCCAUCACUAAAUGGAGUGAAAGCGAUGGAGCAGGAUCUAGGUUCCUCUUGGCAGGAGGCGUCACGCCUUCCAACGUCCACGAAGCCAUGUCGCUCACGGGAGUGAUAGGAGUGGACGUCAGUGGAGGUGUUGAAACUAACGGAUCCAAGGACUUGCAGAAGAUCGAGCAAUUCAUCGCAAACGCACGCAGAUGA